UUCAAACACAUUUAUCUGAGCUUUGGGGUCUUGAUUUCAAAUAAAGGUGUUAGGGAAGUUUGGUGUGAAUUUUAAAUAUGACAUACUUUAUAUAAUAAGAAGGAAAGGAGAAAGAACAACUAGUUAAUUGGAAUUUGGUGUUUUCAGCUGGGUUAAGCACCCAUAAAAUAACAGAUACCUAUGCUGCUCUGUAAUGAAGCAACACACUGGCACUAAACAAACCUUCAGGGAGUCAUUAUUAUAAGUAUCACCUUACCCGGGCCGUGGAAAAAUCAAUAUCAGCCAACCAAAAUGUCUGCACUACCCUGUUCAUUGUUCUUCAGCUACACCGAGUACCACUUCUCCUGAAACUGUGGAUAUGACACCUGGAUAACAUCUGUCAUCUGGAAGGUUAAUGUUUUUUUUAAUUUAGCUUGAUGUCUCUCAUUUGGUUGAUGCUGUUGUUCUCAGCUCAUCUGGCUGACUGUGUGCCAGAGAAGCCAAAGAGAUCCGCUCUGAACCAGCUGACCAGGACCCUCCUCAGGAAAUAUGACUGCGGAGUUCGACCUGUUCACAACUGGACGAGUCCUACCACCAUCUACUUAGACCUCAUACUGCAGUCGGUCCUUGAUGUGGAUGCAAAGACCCAGAGCAUAACUACAAGUAUUUGGUACAGACAGAUCUGGACAGAUGAGUUCCUGGUUUGGGACCCAGAGGAGUUUGAUGGCAUCAAUGAGAUCUCAAUGUCAUCUGAUGCCAUCUGGAUACCUGACGUUAUCGUUAGUGAAAUUGUGGACGAGGGGAAAUCCCUACCGAUCCCCUAUGUGUACGUCAACUCGUCUGGCUCAGUGAAGUACUACCGGCCCGUGCAGGUGGUACUGGCCUGCAGCCUGGAGAUGUACGCCUUUCCAUUUGACAAGCAGAACUGCAGCCUCACCUUCCGCAGCUGGCUUCACUCAGUGAAGGAAAUAGACCUGGCGCUGUGGAGGAGUGCAGAGGCCAUCGCUAAUGAUAAGAGGGAGUUCAUGAAUGACGGAGAAUGGGAACUGUUGUCCAUUCCUUCCAGCUACUGGCAAAUUCACCAAGACAACACUGACUACGCCCACAUCCAGUUCAAUGUGUUGAUCCGCCGGCGCCCCCUGCUGUAUGUGGUGGGUCUCCUCAUCCCAAGCAUCUUCCUCAUGCUGGUAGAUGUGAUCAGCUUCAACCUGCCUCUGAGCAGCGGUACACGCAUUGCCUUUAAGAUCAGCAUACUGCUGGGCUACACUGUCUUCAGAGUCAACCUGACAGAUGACCUGCCCGCCACAGCAGUCAGAACUCCACUCAUAGGUGUGUUCUUCGCGGUGUGCAUGGCCCUGCUGAUGCUCAGCCUGACUAAGUCUAUUCUGGUGGUGAAGCUGCUCCACCACAGCGAGAAGGAGGUCAGACAAAUGUCAGUGUCUGCCUGCCUGCUGGACAAGUACGGCUCAGCUGGUCACGGCUUCACAGAGAGCGCUUUAACCUCCAUUAAGACCCUCGAUCACAUCAAUCCGUCCGGAGAUUAUGAGCUUGAGCCUUCACUGGAGGAGGAUCUGCUGUCCCUGAAUGAGAUCCAGGAGGCUCCAUCUGGGCUGGAGUGGCUUCUCCAGGAGCUGGUCUCCCUCCACCUGGCUUUAUCCCAGGAGGACAGCGAGUCUUCGGCUCAGACUGACUGGCUGGCCCUCUGCUCUAAGCUCGACUGCUUCCUGUUCCGCUUCUACCUGUUGGUUCUGGCCUUGUAUGCCGGUACGCUGCUGUCGCUCUGGGCCAGUUGGAGCUUCGCCUGAUUGCACAAUCAGAGACUUACUGACUUUUUAAUACUUUUACUGAAAGCACUUCUUGCUUAUGGUAUGUUUACCAUAUUUACAGUUUGGAAUGUAGUAUGUUAGUCUGUUGGAGAAGCCUAAAUAUAUUACAAUGCAAAGAGAAGGAUGCAGAAUUAUUAUUGCUGAUGUGUACUUAAAAUAUACUUAAAAAAGUGGUCAUAUUUAAUUUCCCUUCCACAAAAGUUUAUAUUGUGUGCCAAUGUUGUUAACCAAAGCGUAUAAAAUAUAGUGUAUUACAAUUAACCUCUUAUUUUUGUAGUUUUUGCCAUUGGUUUUAUCAGUCGGAGGUUGUAAACAAGCUGUUUUCUCUUCUUAUCUAGUCAUGUCGUCAUAUUCCCAGAGCUAGGCUAUUGUUUAUAAUGGAUACAAAUGAUUGCCAAACUUAUAAGAAUACAUUUCCAAGUCUGAAACCAUAACUCUCCUUUAAGUACUCUGUUUGCCGAACCUCCAGAUAUUGCACUGCCACCGUAGAGCAACAUUAUUGUAUCGCGUCUGUUAUCGUGAAUUCCCGACAGUGAAGAUUUACUCAAAGACACUGUAUAAUAAAGCAGCUCUCUGGAGAAAAUCCUCAGUGCCAGUGUGAUGUUAUGAUAUUGUAUUCAUACUUUAAUCUCCAUCCCUCUGCCACAAAAUAGAUCAAUAAAACCCAUUCAGAGCUCAGCUGCUGUGUCUCUGUUCCCUGUUGGUUUCCUAAUAGUCAUGACUAGAAUAUCAAAAGUGCGUCAUGGCAAACUUGCCGGUGGAAAGAUCCAUAUUAAUGCAAUUUUCACAGUAUCUGCAAACCUCUUCCUCCAGUGGAUCUGGUUACAUGAUGUUAUGCAACCAAGCUGAAGAUAACAUUUAGUCAGUGUGCUUUGUUACCGUCUGCAUGAGGUAACUAAUGGCUGUAUGUUAAGUUCAAGGCUUUGUGUUUUCACUGUGUUGUUAAUAUGAAUGUCAUCUCAAGAUUUGUUCUUCUGAAAUAAAAGAAACGCCUUUAAGCUGAUGUUUUGUGAAGAUGAUGCAUGACAGAAGUGAAAAUAAAAGCAUUACAGAGUCAAA